AUGGUGCAGCUGAGGGUUGCCACUGCUCCAUUGUGGCCUCGCCUACGUGCCACUGUCGCUCAAACACCCCGCGCUUGUCCCCUCCUCGCUCGCCAAUCUUCAUCGCUUGCUUCUUCGGACAAGCAAUUCUACGCGACAACGCCCAUCUUUUACGUCAAUGCAGCGCCUCACAUCGGCCAUCUCCACUCGCAACUUCUCGCGGACGUCUACACUCGGUACUCUCGAUGGCGGAAUCCUGACAAGGGGGCGGUCAUGUGUACCGGAACGGACGAGCAUGGAUUGAAGAUCCAGCGGGUAGCAGAAGCACAGAGUAUUCCGCCGAAGAAGCUUUGCGACGGGGUGUCUGAACGGUUCAAGGACCUGGCGCGAGCGGCAAACGUGGACUACCAAAUCUUCAUCCGGACAACGGAGGAAAGACAUCGAAGGGCGGUCGAGCACGUCUGGCGCGAGCUCGACAAGCGCGGCUACAUCUACAAGUCAUCGUAUGCGGGCUGGUAUGCGGUAUCGGACGAGACUUACGUUCCGGAGGACGCGGUUGGCGAGGUCAUCGACUCAAAGUCUGGCGAGAAGUACAUGGCAUCGACCGAGACAGGAACGCGGGUAGAAUGGAUGGAGGAAGAGAACUACAAGUUCCAGCUGUCCGCCUUCCGGGAACCGCUGCUCGAAUGGCUGCGCUCCGCCGCUGCCCCUGUCCAGCCGCCCUCCCGCGCAGACGCCCUUCUCGCAGAGCUCACCCGGCCAGGCAACACCUUCCUCGAGGACCUCUCGAUCUCACGCCCCGCUUCCCGACUCACGUGGGGCAUCUCCGUCCCCGACGACCCCGGCCACACCAUUUACGUCUGGAUCGACGCGCUCGUCAACUAUCUCACCGCCGCGGGAUACCCUUGGCAAGGCGGCGAGGCGUUCGAGAAGGGCAAGCUGUGGCCGCCCGACCUGCAGGUCGUUGGAAAGGACAUCAUCCGCUUCCACGCCCUCUACCUUCCCGCCGUCCUGCUCGCCCUCGACCUCCCUCUCCCGAAGACCCUCCUGACGCACGGCCACUGGACGAUGGACAGCAUGAAGAUGAGCAAGAGCCGUGGGAACGUCGCGGAUCCGUUCGAAGCGAUGCAGUUCUGGGGCGUCGAUACGAUUCGCAUGUACCUCAUGUGGUGGGGAGGGAACUCGGGCAAGGAUGCGGACUACUCGACGGCGACGAUCGAGCGGUUCUACAAGAAGGACCUCGAGGCGCAAGUGGGCAACCUUGCGAGCCGCAUCACGACGCCGAAGGUCCUGAAGAAGCUCGAGUCGCCUGAACUGUUAUGGACGAUGCCUUCGACAAUCGAAGAGGACGACAAGAAGCUGCUGGGACUGCUUCAAGCUCUGCCAGCCACCUACGCGCACCAUCUCGCCACCUUCCGCGUCGACGAGGCGAUUCAGAGUGUCUUCGAUGCCGUGCGCGAAGCCAACUGGCACAUCUCGCAUGUCCAGCCCUGGCUCAAGACGACUUCGCCUUCGGCCGUCCACCGCGCCCUCUUUUUCGAGUCCGAGACGCUCCGUAUCGCCGGUAUCCUCCUCCAGCCCAUCAUGCCCGAGAAGACCAAGGUUCUCCUCGACGUUCUUGGUGUCGACCUGGCGCGGCGAAGAUUCGAGGACUGCGAGGUCGGCAAGGGAGGCGAGCGGACUCCGCCGGCGGAGCGGGUUCAAGUAUUCCCUGCCGUGGUUGCACCAGGGAGCACGACGGAGGAGAAGGGUAAGUGA